AUGGCGACCCAGAUAAUUGCCUCCGCGGCGGUCGACGCUGUACCAAAGCAGCUAUCGUCCAGUAUUGCAAACUUGGAUUCAGCCGAUAUGAACCUGACCGAGUCAAGCACGACAUCAUCUUCUGAGGUAGCGACAAAACCUACCGAGUCUACGCCCAUGGACACACAGCUUGUGUCUACCGAAGUGGAAAGGAAGAAGGUGUGGGGAUGUCAGGCUUCACUGUACUGCCCAAAAACCGGGUAUUCUCACUCCAUCAUGCAGAAGCUUUCCCUAGAUGAUUGCCCAGCCUGCGAGCAGAAUUUUACCAAGGAAGUCCAAAGCGAGGCCGUGAAGGACAACAAGCCUAGCACGGACUUGCGCGUAUCCUAUGAGGUCUCGUAUCAAGACAAUAAGGGACGCCUUGUUGGCAGAGAGGAUUGGCCGGGAUUGCUGGACCUAAAUGAGGCCAGAAAAGGUGUCGCUCUCAAAAGCAAUGAGGGAGUCAUGAAAGUUAUCUCGAUGGUUUGGACGACUCACUUGAUCAAUCGUCACUCCGCAACAUACGGGAAGUCGAUUAUGGAUCAAGGAAUCAUCGAGAAUCCCAGGAUUGACGUUACGUCGCAAGGUACGCGAAUCGAGAUAUGCUCUCAAAGGUUCAUUGCGCUGUUGAGAGGGCUAGUUGCGUACUACCCGGAGGUAGAUCUCGACAUGCGGUUUCUGCUCUUGCAAGAGCCAUACGGGGUUAUUGCUCACCAUUUGAGCGAGAUCGAAGAAUUCCAGUCGACCUACGAACCACAGUCCGUGGAAUCGCAAAAGGCAGAUACUUCGCUUAGGCCGAAUCCAUCGUCCGGGAUAUGCGACAAGGAGACGCACCAACAUAUCGAUGUGGUGCUCAACUUCCUCAAGGGGUCAAUCUGGAAAGACAGGAUCACAGAGGAACAAAAGCGACACCAGAAACAGGAGGCUAUGGCGACGUUUGCGAUGCUAUGGUUGCUAUACAGGCCAGGCACGACCGUUUACGUAGAGUCUGAAGGUCGUCUCGCAGCAUACGUGACACAGUAUCGAAACGGACUCUUCCAUCUUAUCAUCACCUCCAGAGAAGCUCAAAGAGUCGAGGAUCGCAUCGUCAUCGACUGUUCAUCGUACUGGGAACAGAGGCGCAUUGGACACAUGCAGAAGAAACCGAAGAAGAAGAAGAAGAGAUACGUUCCUGACAGUGAUAGCAAGUCUGAUGAUGAAGAUGCCAACGCGAACGAGAAGGAACCGGAGUUGAUGGAAGACUUCGGAUACGGACGAUGGAAGGAGUAUGACUUGAUCGACCCUUUGAAAGAUUCACCGUUGGAGCUGGUGGGUGGGCCAGAUGCAGAUGCCAACCACCGAUAUAUGCUCUGCUCGAAACGCCUCAUGGGCUUUGCUUUGAAGUCAAGAACUUGGCAUAUCUUCGACGUCGAAAAUUGUCAUGAAGCCAAAGUUAGUAAAGUGGCUAUAGACACAUUGGUGAUGCCUGAAGAUAAGAAAAGACUGAUCAAGGCACUCGUGCAUCGAUAUGCUACUGGCUCCGGCCACGGAAGCCCGACAGCGAGGCCCUGGAACGCCGAUUUCAUAGAGAAGGAGGGCGAGGGCAAGAUAUUCCUGUUGCAUGGGAGCCCAGGUGUUGGCAAGAUAUUUACUGCCGAAUGCAUCGCAGAGUUCACAGGCCGUCCGCUGCUAUCUCUCACCUGUGGAGACCUGGGCAAUGACGAGACGAAACUUGAGAAGCAAAUCUCGGUUUGGUUCAAGCUCGCGGAGAGAUGGGGUGCAGUCAUGCUCCUCGACGAAGCAGAUGUAUACACCGAAAGACGUUUUUUGGCAGACUUGAAGCGAAACACGAUGGUCUCCAUCUUCCUGCGCUGCAUGGAGUAUUACCGAGGUAGCCUCUUCCUGACUACCAAUCGAGUCGGGACUUUCGAUGACGCAUUCGUCUCAAGGAUCCACGUUGUGAUCCACUACAAGGAUCUCGACGAAGAGGACCGAAAGAAGAUCUGGAAGCGCUUCUUCUAG